AUGAACCCCGUCGCAAUGGAUAACCCAUCGGAAGAAUUGAUCCACGUCAAGAAAGUAUGGGAUAAUAUGAAAGGCAACAGUCCCAUUUACGACUUCCUUCUCGCAAAUGUGGAAAUCAUAUCGGCUACAAAAGGUCUGGUUGUCUCGCGCUUGACGGUUGAAAACAAUCAUGUCAAUUCUCGAGGUACUAUUCACGGUGCAGUGAGUGCAAGUUUGGUCGAUUGGUCUGGAGGUCUUGCCAUUGCUUCACACGGAUUGGAGAAGUCUGGGGCGAGCAUUGAUAUUCACGUCACUUAUAUUGGGACUGCUCAAUUAGGGGAUGUCUUGAAUAUUGAGGCCACCGCGUCGAAAGUUGGAAGAUCACUUGCUUUUACCACGAUUAGAAUCAAACUAUUUACUCUUCUUGAUUUGAUUUUAUUUUAUACAAACAUGGAUACCUGUAAACUCUGCUCGGAAAGUUUGACCGUCCAACUCGACCCAGAGGAGUUGGAGCAACCUGAGGGUGGAAGCUCUUCUAUGGGAAGCGUUCCAGAUGACCUUCAGUUGAUUUGCGGAUGUCAUAUGCAUUGGCAAUGUCUCUUGGAUGAAUCUCCUCAAAUUUUGAAUAAGCUCCAUUGUCCAUCGUGUGAUAGUUCAAUUGCAACUUCAGUGGCUUCAGCUUCAAGAGCAGUCUCCGGAACCCGAGUUCCUACGAGAUAUCACAAUGAGGGAGGAGUUCAAGAAGACCUUGACAUCUUAUCUCUUAUCACUGAAGAGGCCUAUCUCGAUGAACACCCAGAAGCACGUCCCGCUCGAGCAUUCAUGACGAUGUGUGCCGAGGGUGAUGUUUUUGGAAUUAAUGAUCUACUCAGUGCAGUAGAUGAUGACGAGGAUGGAGAAGGGCUAUCAGCAAAGCCAAUUCUGCGCUAUCAAGACCCUUUGGAUGAGAUGAAAAGUGGUUUGCAUGUGGCGGUUGAAAAAGGACAGGAAGAAAUCAUCUGGCUGUUGUUAUGGCUCGCUUCAACUCUUCCAACCGAUAUCUUCCCGGAACAAAUCACUCAAAUGGCGGAGACGAUGGGUGUAGGACGUGAUACUGCUGAUGGAGAAGAUAUCCGGAAUCUUCGGGAUGCUCAGGGACAAUUGGCAAGCGAUCUGGCAAGAAAUACUGGCAAUGUUCUUCUUACCGAUUUAUUAUCGGCGAACUUGCCUUGA